AUGAGACAGACUAUCGCCGUAAAAGGCGCGCGAGAAAAUAACCUACAAAACAUUGAAGUUGAGAUCCCACGGGACCAACUUGUCGUCGUCACGGGUAUCAGCGGUUCCGGUAAAUCUUCAUUGGCAUUUGACACGGUCUAUGCCGAAGGGCAACGUCGAUUCUUAGAGUCGAUGUCCACGUACGCCAAACGCUUUAUCACGCAACUCAAAAAACCGGAUGUCGAUUUCAUUGAUGGAUUGUCACCUGUUGUAUCUAUUGAACAGAAAACGAUCACGAUGAAUCCGCGCUCCACUGUCGGCACGAUGACCGAUUUGCAAGACUACCUCCGUAUGCUCUUCGCAACUAUCGGUGUCGCACACUGCCCUUAUUGUGAAGGUGAAAUCCCGAUCCGUUCGCAUCAUCAGAUUUUGGAACGGAUGCUCUCGAUGCCAGAGGGCACCGAAGUUGAGAUUCACGCCCCAGUCUUCAAAAUCUACGGCGAAGAUUAUGACUAUCUCUUCGACGAUGUCCGUACGAAAGGGUGCAGACACGUCAGGAUUGACGGCGUUGAACACGACAUCAGCGAAGAAAUAGAACUUGAUCCCGAUCAAGAAUAUGACAUCCAAGUUAUCGUUGACAAAUUCUAUAUUAAAAAAGAGAUUGACAAGCAGGUGCUCGCCUCCCUUGAACACGCGAUGCUCGUCGGCGAAGGAUUCAUGCGUUUUGAUGUUCAGUUCCCAGACGAUACCGAAGCGAACGCAAUAGAGUUAUUGGAUGGUUUUGGGUGUCCCAAGCACGGCGUGCUCAUGGCUGAACUCGGAGCGCAUCACUUUACCUUUAAUGAGCCGACGGGGGCGUGUGUAACCUGUUCUGGUCUCGGUACCUACUUGCAGGUGCAUCCGAGUCUACUCGUUCCCGAUAAGAGUCGAAGUAUUGCCGACGGUGCAUUCGUCCACCAAGCCUUUAACUACGAUCCCGAUAGGUGGGAUGGUAGAACAAUGUACAGUCUCGCCGGACACUACGGGUUCGACCUGAACGCUCCUUUUGCAGACCUUCCAGAAGCGGUUAUUGAUAUCCUCUAUCACGGCACACACAGCGAAGAAUUUCCGAUCCUGCAACCGGAGGGGGCACGCCCCGUUGAAAAGCGCCAUAUCGGUCGGAAAAUCCGUUUUGAUGGGAUCAUCACUCGGAUUGAUAGGCACUAUCGGCGUUACCGAAAACAGGGCGAGGCGCACUCCGGAAUGGAGGAGUAUCUCCGGAAAGUGAUGGUGGAACGCACCUGCCCUGAUUGCCACGGGACGAAACUAAAGCGACAGCGGCUUCUCGUCACCAUUGACGGUCAAACAAUUCAUGAUGUCGGUGAGUUGCACUUUGAAGAAUUACGGGAUUUCUUGCUGACUAUCACGGAGGUUCCGGAGAAGCAGCGAGAGGCUGGUAGCCGCGUUAUCAAUGAACUCGUCACUCGGAUUAACCUCCUGCUCGGCAUCGGACUCGAUUAUCUGAACCUUAAUCGCCGUUCUGCCACGCUCUCCGGUGGCGAAUCGCAGCGUAUUCGUCUCUCCACACAGAUCGGAUCCGGGUUGAUGGGCAUGCUCUAUGUCCUUGAUGAACCGAGUAUCGGCUUACAUCCAAAAGACAAUGCCAAGAUGAUAGAGACGCUACGAAGGUUACGUGACAUCGGCAACACCGUUAUCGUUGUUGAACACGAUGAAAGCACAAUUCGUGCCGCCGAUCAUAUUAUCGAACUCGGACCGGGACCCGGUAUGCACGGUGGACAGGUCGUCAUUCAAGGUGAACUUGAAACGAUUCUUGAUUGCCCUGAAUCUUUGACGGGUCUUUAUAUGAGCGGGAGGCGAGAGAUUCGACUCCCCAAACAACGUCGGGAAUUGAACGGCAAAUUCCUGAGCAUCACCGGUGCAACGGAGAACAAUCUGCGAAAUAUUGACGUUGAUAUUCCGGUCGGUGUAUUUAUCUGCAUCACCGGUGCCUCUGGUUCUGGUAAGAGUACGCUCGUCAAUGAGAUUCUCUACAAGAAGCUUUAUUCUCUCUACCGUGACAGUCGUACGCUCUAUGGUGCCCACGAUGAAUUAGGGGGACAUGAACACGUCAGCGAUGUUAUCAGCAUUGAUCAGUCCCCUAUCGGGCGUUCACCGCGUUCGAACCCUGCCACCUACAUCGGAUUUUACGAUAAUAUCCGAAAACUUUUCGCGAGUACGCCACUCGCUGUUGAGAGAGGUUAUACCGCCUCCCGAUUUAGUUUCAACGUCAAAGGCGGGCGGUGUGAGGAGUGCCACGGUGAAGGCACUAUUACCACCAAACUCCACUUUAUGCCGGAUGUCGAAGUCGUUUGCCCGACUUGUAAAGGGGCGCGCUAUAAUGAGGACACGCUUGAUGCUACCUACAACGGGAGGAACAUUUCCGAGGUUCUCAAUAUGUCGAUUGAGGAAGGUGUUGAAUUCUUCGCGGAUCAACGGUUGAUUCAUCAUAAAUUGAGUGUCCUUUACCAACUCGGUAUGGGGUAUCUCCAGAUCGGUCACCCUGCUACGAUCCUCUCCGGCGGUGAAGCGCAACGGAUAAAGUUGGCAAGCGAGCUUGGCAAAAUCAAGCGAGGUAAGCAUAAUCUGUAUAUCUUAGAUGAGCCAACCACAGGACUUCACAUCGCAGACAUCCAGAAACUUUUGGACAGUCUCAACCGUCUCGUCGAUAGUGGACAUACCGUCCUUGUAAUUGAGCAUCAUCUCGAUGUUAUCAAAACCGCCGAUUAUGUCAUCGAUCUCGGUCCAGAGGGAGGACAUAAGGGGGGCGAGGUUUUAGCGCAAGGCACUCCCGAAGAGAUUGCGAAAGUCAAAGCCUCCUACACUGGGCAGUUCUUGAAGAAAUAUCUUAUCUGA